CAAUCAUCAAUCUCCCGCCAAAACUCAGCUGUGUGUUGUGUGUUGCUGGCCGCAGGGUUUGUGUUGUUGCCCCAGUUACGAUUUAAAUUGGAAAGAAUUCUCGAAGGCUUUAACUUUUGUAGAUCACUCUACUUAAGCGUUUCGGUUCCGCCCUUUGUCAACUUUUUAUCUUUUGAAAAUGGUGCGCACGAAAGCUGAUACUACGGGUGUGAAAGCCUCUGGAGCCAAGGCACCAAGGAAAGCUGUUGUGAGCACCCCAACUCGGAGUUCUGAUAGCAGUGGUGACAGUAAGGGUAAACCUACAGUUGGUGGUAAUUCGUAUCAUCCCCGAGAAACCCCAGAAUGGCAAAAGCCCAUCACCACCUUCUUUGUCGCUCCAUCAUCCUCAUCCAAGGAAUCGAAUGGAGAAAGUGCAUCAUCCAACAAGUCAUCUCCAGAAGGGGAUUCAUAAUGACCUUUUGAGAAGCUGCGAGACCUCUCAAGUAUUUCCUGAUCUCUCUGUUGUAAUUAUGAUAAUUUUAAUUGUAAAGCACUUAUUUUAAUUGUAUUUUUGGUUGUAUUUGGAUUGUCUGUGAUAAUGGAUGUUAGUGGGUUGUUCUGCAAAUCCUAGGAUUUCACAGAUUCCUUAACAUGGUGAUUUUCUUUAGAUGAAAAUUUGGAUCUGAUGCAAUACUCAUACGUUUCUCAUCAAAUGAGGAUUUUCCCGUUGAAUAAUUAGAACUCUCGCUUCUCAUUAAUGCUUAGCAUUAAAACUCAUGGGUCUUUAGCAGGUUAAUAACAGAAUCUUUAAACAAUAAAAAGGGCUGGAAUUUGUUUAUUUAACGCAUUGUAUUAACAAAAGCUCAUCAAUACCAAACCAGUGCAGAUGGUAAAAUAAACACCUUCUCAGAAAUA